AUGGGUAUGUCCCUAAGCUUCGAGGCAUCAGUCCGUGAGGCUGUCCACAGAAACUCUAAAGACAAGUGCCGGAGUCCUCUGUGUGAGACAAAAUUGUGGAAGGCCAAGUUUGAACUACGGCAAGCGAGGAAUGAGAUAGAGAGGCUACAAACUGAGCUAGCGCGCGCCGCGAUGGAUUGUGGGAAUACCAGCGAGUGGAAAUACGAGCCUGAUAACUACCAGGCGGAUGAACACAAUCACGUGGACGAGCCGAGGUGGGACUAUGCAAUGGCGGACAGGAAGUUGGAGGAGGCGGCAGUGAGAGUGACGUUACUCUAG